AGUUUGCUAACAGCACAAGCUGCGGAAAAUGUGUCAUAGAACCAGCAGGGACUAAAGGAGACUAUAUCUCUGCUUAGCUGUCUGGAACCCUUGGUGCAAAUAUAUACUGCAUCCUCAGCACUUUGUGACGUGUGUUUGGUUUCUCUGACAUGUUUUUGCGGGUUGGCAUUUCUGGUAUGUAAGCCACCAGACCAAAUCAUGAAUGACAUACAUUUUCGCAUCUCGCGCUCGCUUGGCGCCCGACCCGUGGUCCUCUAGCUGUGGAAAAUGCUAGUGGUAAGCUGCUCCCGGCCACGGCACCUGCUAGCUGCUCUGCUGUGUCUGUGUAGUUGGAUGACACUGACAGUGGAAGGACUGACUAUAACUGUGAAUAAUGGUCAAAUAUCCGUUUCUAAUGACAACAUGACGAGGAUCAGUGUGUAUGACCUUCUGUUUGAGAGUUCAGGUUUUGAUCUUAACAGAGCUGCUAUAAGGUGUCAGUCUGAACUUAUGUUAGACGGAGUAGGUGGUACUGUUGGAUGUCAUGUUGGUGAUGGGGACACUCCAGUCCCUUGUGGUUAUCCACAACCAGAGUACAUACGUUUUGGUAGUGCUUUUACAACUCGAGGAUGGAAUGGAUUGAGAGCUAAUGAAGUUGGUCGUAGAGUACACUACUUGUGGAGAAGGAUGGAAACUCCACAGGAAGGAUAUAUCAACUGCCAUUUUCCUGAUGACACUAACCCUGUAUUAGGACUGUAUGUCCUCUACCCCAUCACUGAGGUAACUGCAGCUAUUGAGGUGGAGGCAGGAAUAUUGACAUUCAGAGUGAGGUGUACCUCCACUGGUGGUAGAGCUCUCAACAUGGCCGUCUCUGGACCUAAUGGAUACAACUCUGACAUCAGUACCAAAAUACAGCCAGUUGGUACUCCACUGUUUCUGAGUAAUGACAGGUACACUGCCAGGACAGAUGUCCUAUCCAGUGGCACGGUUGGAGAUGUAUUCCAAUGCAAUGUCACUGGUGUUGACUCAAACUUUAGAGAUGUGACUUUGAGAGCUGCUGUUUCAACCAUCACUGAACUAAUGCAAACUGCUCCUACCACUGUCGUGGUUACGUGGACUCCACCACCAGAGGCCGCGGUGAAUGGAUACACAGUGCACUACCGUCUUGCCAGUGGUAAUGGCGGUGAUGGGACUAUGAACUGUUAGUCAAGGCUCCACCAGUACUCCAAUCAAUGAUCUCACUAAUGGAGAGACAUACACCUUUUCAAUUGAGGCUACUGCCAGCAACAUGCUACCUGGAGUAUCGGGGAGAUGACUAUUACACUGGCUCCUGACACUCCUGAAGGUGUGGUGACUACUGCAGAAUCAUCCUCAGUCACUGUGUCCUGGGGGGCUGUGGUUGAUGCUGACAGAUAUACUGUCACAUUCUCCAUGGCUCAGGGAACCAAUCAGCAGGGACUAUGUCCUACUGACUCUCAUACUGCCACUCUGACAGUCAGUGCUCCCUCCACUACUGUCAGUAUUGCUGUAGGAGGAGAUGUGGGGUCAACAGUGACUGAUGAGUUGAGAGCCUACACCACAUAUGAGGUGACUGUGGAGGCAGUCAGUGAUGUUCGAGGUACCAGUCGACCCAGUGGGACCAGGAGUGUUCUAACACCACAGACAAGUGCAAGAGAGGCUCCCGGGGAUGUGAGAGCAGAGGCUGAGAGCUCCACUGACAUCUCUGUCCGGUGGAGUGGCCUCUCCAACUGUAGACUGGUCAAUGGUCGAAUCACUGAGUACAGAGUUCAGUACGCAGCAUGCAAUACAAUGACUGAGGACUAUACAUUGGGAGAUGGUGAAGACUGGAGGAACGGAGGCCGAGUAACUCUGACCGGACUGACUCCCUCCACAAACUACUCCAUAUCAGUAGCUGCUGUGAAUGGGAAUGGAGAUGUUGGGCUCUACUCUGACCCUGUGACAACAAUGACACACCAAUAUAGUUGUGAAUCUGCUGAUAGUCUCCAGUCAUGUGGUUCAACUGGUAUGAUUGUUGGAAUGGUGAUAGGCCUCCUGCUUGGUGUAGCAGUGGGUGUCUCUGGACUCAUCGGUGGAGCAGUUAUUGUCAAAAGACACAGACCAGCUGCGGUCAAGGGAGAUAUGGCAACAGGGGCCAACCCAGCGUAUGGUAUGAGUGGUCCUCAUGGGAAACCAGCAGAGACUGAAGGAGAGUACGAGAUUCCUAAGUACACCCAGCCACCGUCUGGGGCUGAGGGGAUUUAUGAGGGUGUUUAUUGACAUAACCCCUACGUACAGCUACUUAGUAUACACUAAAAUAAUGUUUUUAGUCCAUGUAUGUGACAUGCAUUCUGUGUGGGCCUUUUUA